AUGGUCUGUGUUGUGGUCGAGGUUCUGGGGAACUUCGAGGUCUGGAGACGCAGCAGUGUUCGCCAUCCCUUUGGCCUGGCGCGAGCCGAGGUUCUGACGGGAUUUGCCAUGUCUGUUUUCCUGCUCUUUGGCGGGUUCGACUUGAUAUCGCACAACUUGAAGCACUUUCUGGAGGAGCUUGGGGACCACGAGUCGCACCAUUCCCAUCCCCACGAGCGCGUCUCGGCUGGAACCGUCGACUUUGUGGCCGUUGCCGCCAUUGCCACGAGCAUUGUGUCGGCCUACGGUCUGAAGAACCACGCUCGGAUCUCAAAGGUCAUGCGCGUCUCCUACCUGGCGUCGCUGCCUAGUGUCCUUUCGAACCCCUUCCACUUCCUGACCAUCUGUGUGUCGCUCCUGAUUGCAGUGCUGCCGCUUCUUUCCAUCACGCUUUACACGUGGCUCGACCGACUGAUUUGUGCUACCAUUUCUGUGGCAAUGUUCGGGCUUGGCGCGCGAUUAGCCGUCGCGCAGGGACUCAUGCUGUUGAUGUCGUAUGGGGGCCAUGGCGGUAACGCAGGAGUGUCGUCAGUCCUACGAGAAAUCGAGUCUGACUCGAGUGUUACCCGGAUUGACGAUGCCCAGUUCUGGCAAGUUCACUACAAUCUAUGCAUGGCCAAUUUGAAGCUUAGCGUGGUCAAGGGCUAUGAUGAGGCGUCGCUGGGGAAGCUUCGCAGUCGUAUUUCUUCACUCAUUCAGAACCGCCUCGGCGAAGGCUAUGGUACUGGAGGUAAUAUGCGAUGGGAAGUGACCCUCGAGGUGACCACAGAUGCGACAUCUUGA